CUUCACCUUUUCCUUGUGCAUUGCUCACACAAUUUCAUCCAUCAAGUCGACUGCGACACUUUGUCUCGAACUUGUUUCUGUUCUCGAUUCUUUCAACUGUCUCGUUCGCGGCUACAAUGUCAACGAGAGUCGCAUAAACUCGCAGCCAAUCGAUACCCAGAAAAUGGUUCAUGAACAAACGCAGCAUCUCGCAUUUUCAACAGAGCAUCGUCGCGAUUUCUAAACUUGCUUCAAUCUCUCGAGUCUAUACCAGUCUGCCGAGUUCGUCAUGCCCGCGAAGCGCAAGGUUGACAACUUUGACCCGAACAAGUCCGACUCUGCGGACACCGACUUCGAUCCUUCACAAGCCAGGGCUUCUCCCAAGAAGUCUCGCAAGUCGACAAAGAGGUCCUCGACAGGACAGAAGAAGCGAAUCAAAAAGUCGAGAUACAAGGGAUCUGACGUAUCGGAUGACGGCGUGUCAGACAGUCUGCUAGAAGAUUCAUUUGGUGACCCGAGUGAGAGUGAGGAGGAACCGAUCGAGAUGAACGAAGCGACUGGACGAGCUGUCCGAAAGGCUACAAAAAAGGUUCAAACGUACGAGGAAUCGAGUGGUGAUGAUAUCGAAGAAGAGCCAGUUGUCGGUGACAUCGACGACGACUCGGACGAAGAGGUCAUUACACGAGGGAAGAAUAACAAGCGUUCACGAGCAGCAGUCUCGGAUGACAUCGAGUCAGAGGAAGAUACACGACGCAAAAAGCCUAAGACAAAAGUAGUUGUACUGAAGCUGAAUACGCAACCCACAUCUAGCACCGGUCGUGCCCUUCGAGGUCGGAAGGCGAGCGCUGAACUUUUAUCUGCUGGCCUCCCUUUGACGACGCGCAGAAGCACUAGAGCCCACACUGAAGAAGGGGACCAGCCUAUUGCUUUGUCAGAUUCAGGGCAUCAUAUCAUCCGCGAAGGUCGCAGUCCAGAACCCAUAGGACGAAGAGGCACUAGGGGCGGCAAGGGAUUGAAACAACCGGCAUCUACGAUCAAGGAAGAAAUUCAUGAAUCUAGCUCCCAUGAACAAGGUGGCGAGAGCUCUGCAAAACCUAUGGAGAUAGCUGGAUCCGAUGACCAAGACGAAGCCGAUGCGGCUAUCGAGGACGAAGAAGAUAAUGAGCCAGAUGCUGAAGACUCAACAGACGAACUUGCAAAACCCGACGAAGAGGAAGCGCAAGUCCCGCCUCCCGCAGAUGAUGAGGACGAGGAUGAAGACGAUAUGCCUGUCGCACGCCCAGGUCGCACUAGAGGUUCGAGGGCUGGUAUUGUUGCAGAGGAAGAAGUCGAAGAAGUUCAGGACUCAUCAGCAGCACAGAACACAGGGCGCCGUCUGACUCGUGGUUCCAAAUCGAAACAAAAAUCCGGCGCGGACGCGAGUAGCGACUUUGAUCCUGGCGAGGAAAAUCUAAGUGAUGAUGACAUGUCUGAUGGCGCAAACAAGAAGAGCAAAGCUAAAGAUGAUGAUUCUGAUACGAGUCCGGUCAGAAGAGGCAGGCGUACCACACAGGCGAAGUCAAAGAGCAGCUCUAGAAGACGGGCAAGCCCCGGCUCGGAUGCUGAUGAGGUCUUGGAUAAGGAUGAGAUGCUUGAUGAACUCGAAGAACUGAGACCUGAGCGCCGACGACGAGCUAGAGACGAUUCGCGAAUUGCUUAUGAAAGCAGACCAGGUCGCCAGCGCAAGCCAGUAGACUACAGCAUCAAACCUAUGGACCAAAUAUAUGCCCAAGACGAGGAUGCCGAGGAUGCUGCACCAACUCCAUCUCGGAGACCCAAUAGAGGUCGCAACGGCGCAAGCCAGGCUUGGGAGCGUAACCUUUUCACAACCUAUGGCCCUUUCGGAGGCGGUGGAGGACCUGCACCAGCCAUCAGCGGUCCAUGGGGCACUGGUGCUGCUGGUGGCGUUGAUUCCGAUAGUAGCGAUGAUGAGACAAUGCAGAGACCAUCCAACGUUGGCGGCAAUACUGGCAUGACUCCAACCUCAGCUGUUCCUCCUGGUCUUCUUCCUGGCAUGGGACAAACGAACAACGCAGAAACAAUUGCCGGACUCUCAGGCACGCCUGCAAACCUCGGAAAGAUUAAGAGUCAAAAGGCUUUGGCAGAUGCGGAUCCCCUGGGUGUCGAUCAAAAUGUUGAUUUCACCAAGAUUGGCGGUCUCGAAGGUCACAUCGAUCAGCUCAAAGAGAUGGUGCAGAUGCCACUGCUGUACCCCGAGCUAUUCUUGAAGUUUCACGUUACUCCCCCACGAGGUGUCUUGUUUCAUGGUCCUCCAGGUACUGGUAAGACCCUCUUAGCAAGGGCUUUGGCUGCUCAAGUUGGUUCCGGAGGCAGAAAGAUUACCUUCUACAUGCGAAAGGGUGCUGAUGCAUUGAGCAAAUGGGUCGGUGAAGCCGAAAGACAACUCCGUCUCUUAUUCGAGGAAGCAAGAAAAACACAACCUAGUAUCAUCUUCUUUGAUGAGAUUGAUGGUCUCGCACCAGUUCGAUCGAGCAAGCAGGAGCAGAUUCAUGCAUCUAUUGUCUCCACACUGCUUGCUUUGAUGGAUGGUAUGGAUGGCCGAGGACAAGUCAUUGUCAUUGGUGCUACCAACAGACCAGACAACAUCGAUCCGGCUCUGCGACGGCCAGGUCGUUUUGACAGAGAAUUCUACUUCCCCUUGCCCGAUAUUGAUGGUCGCAAGUCAAUCAUCAAUAUCCAUACCAAGGACUGGGGUAUUGAUGAUGCAUUUAAAACCUCACUUGCACACAUCACUAAAGGCUAUGGUGGUGCUGAUCUUCGCGCCCUAUGUACCGAAGCAGCAUUGAACGCAAUUCAGCGCACUUAUCCCCAAAUAUACUCAUCGAAUGAUAAACUAAAAGUUGAUUCCGACAAGAUAAAGGUUACUGCAAAGGACUUCAUGCUUUCUGUUAAGAAGAUGAUACCAUCCUCUGAGCGGUCAACAUCAUCCGGUGCAGCACCACUGCCAAAGACCGUCGAACCACUGCUGCGGGACCAGUUGUCACAGAUUGAGAGAAUCCUCGAUGGGUUGAUUCCUAUCAAGAAGAAGACCACAGCUCUCCAAGAAGCAAUGUAUGAGCAAUACGAUGACGAGGAUCAAGGCUUCGGAAGAGAAACUUUGCAGCAAGAGUUCGAGAAAUCUCGGGUCUUCCGUCCACGAUUGCUAAUUGGUGGUGAGCCUGGCAUGGGUCAAUCUUAUCUUGGUGGCGCAAUUCUCAACCACUUCGAGGGUCUGCAUGUUCAGAGUUUCGAUCUGCCAACGAUAUACAGCGAUUCUGCUCGGUCUCCUGAAGCUGCAAUCGUACAACUAUUUGCUGAAGUGAAGCGACACAAACCGAGCGUCAUCUACCUUCCUGGGAUCGAAACUUGGUACCACACUCUCAGUGAUGCCGUAAUCACCACAUUCCUUGGCUUGCUCAGAGCAAUUCCGCCCACUGAUCCAGUUCUGGUACUCGGUAUUACCGAUAGCCCCCCAGAGAAAGUUAGCCAGGACCUCCUCCGAGAUCUAUUUGGGUUCUCGAGAAACAAUCGCUUCAUGAUCAGCCGUCCAUCCAAGCAACACCGAAAGGAAUUCUUUUCUACGAUCAUUGAAUACGUGAAGAAAGCUCCCAAGGACUUCCCUGAGCCGUUGAACCGCAAGAAGCGUAAGCUCGAGGUCUUGGAACUUGCCCCGCCACCACCACCGAAGGAACCCACCAAAGAAGAAAUCAAGGCACAGAAGAAGAAAGAUCAUCAACUACUGAACUUGUUGAAGGUGUCAAUACAACCGAUCAUGGACCAAAUCCAGCGGAAGUAUAGAAAGUUUAGAACACCCGUGAUUCUACAGCAUCAGAUCCAAUAUCUUCUCGACGAGCUUGAUCCUGAUUACGUUCGUCCGGAUAUUCUGCCGUUUCGACCUUUUGAAUUUGGCAAGGACAAGGACGGUGUACCAGGCCUUCGUGAGACCGCCACUGGAAAGUUCUUUUACAAUUUAGAAACAACCACAAUCGAGGAGCGCCUUUCGAAUGGAUACUAUGCUCGACCAAAAGACUUUCUUGCGGACAUCCGCUCUUUGGCCAAGGAUGCGAAGCACAUUGGCGAUAAGGAACGCACCCUUAAGGCCAACGAACUUCUAACGAAUGUUGAGGUCGACAUCGCCUCAAUAGAGGCAAACCAUGUAUUCGCUGACUGUGAGAAUGUGUAUCAACGACAAUUGCAACGAACUAAAGAGCGGGAAGAGAAACACAAGAGGCGUAAAUUAGACGGAGAACUUGUGUUUGACCCUAUCGUACGCUCUGAUAUUGCAGGUAGUGGCUUGGGCUCGGAUCAGCAGUCUUCUGGCCCUCUUAUGCUUGGUGAAGCUAUACCCGGAAGACGACCUCCGGUUCUAGCGCCAUUGGUCCACACACCCAGUGGCUUGUCGAAUGGAUUUUCUGCCGAAGCAGGCCAUGCCCAUGAAAGCAAUGGUACAUCGGUUCCUUCGCAUGCGGGACAAGACGUUCAGAUGGGUGAUACCGAUGAACAGAAUGUGUCGCAAGGCAUGCUACCUCCACAUCAACACAGUAUGACGAGCGGUCCGUCUGGUACAAGACCAAACACGCAGAUUUCUCAGCGGUCCUUCUUCCAAGCAAUCUCUCACGAUACUCCUGUGAAAGACAUUCCUAAUGACGCCUCGACUACCACAUCUGGGAAGAAGACCUCGGAUGGAUGGAGCACCCAGGCUACAAAUGGGGUCACCAACCAGCAUUCUUCUAGUCCUGUAGAACGAGGAGGUGAUUCUCAAUUACCAGAUACUCAACGCAAUACCCAGAAUGACAGCAGCAGCGAGGAAUGGAUGCAUUCUCAAGCUCACGCGUUGGCACGUGGAACCCUUGGGCAAACUAUAACUUCGCAGACACCAAGCUCGGGCAGUCAGACGUCUCAGAAUCCUGCUGUCCCACCGUUCACCUCAGGUCCUCAUAUGCCGACUUCGAAGUCCCAUCCAAGUUUCGCGAAUCUCUUGAACGAUUCUCCAGUCGAGCCAUCCUCUACUCAAAUGUCUUCUCAAAAAGACUUCAUUAUUGACGACUAUUUCGUUGACGACCUGCUGAAGAGAUUGGUGGAGGGCUCAAGCGGAUGCUCGAUCGAACAACUGGAGCAAAUCAAUCGAGAACUAAUGGAGACGCUUUGGAGGCUUAGAGGAGAGUACAACCGCAACCAAGUUAUUACCGCGCUGGUACAAAUGUUCAAUGAUACGAUCACGGAUAUCGAGGAGAUGCAGAAGGUGUUGAAUGCGAGUCAACCUACGCCUACGAAUAGCCAGCUGCAUGCCUAGAGUGUACGAUGAGCGAGGGCAUGGGUUGGGAAUGGAAUGAAAAUGACAGGGAGUAUGGAUUUGCUUUUAGUGAGUGGAAUGAAAAGAGAGCGAAGACGGGGACGAUGGAAAGAUGAUAUUUCUUGUAGUUUAGUAGCGCGCCCAGAAUGGAUGACAUGGGUUGUCAGUGUAGUUGCAUCAGACGAUAAUAGAAAGUCUCUGUUUCCAG